UGAUUAUUGUACGGGCAGCUCCGGCUACAGGGAAGGCAAGAUGGCUGAGCUCGGCAAGGGAGUCUCUGCGGGCAAAAUAGCCAGCAAUGUGCAGAAGAAGCUGACCCGGGCCCAGGAGAAGGUCCUUCAGAAACUGGGAAAAGCCGAUGAAACAAAAGAUGAGCAGUUCGAGCAGUGUGUGCAGAACUUCAACAAGCAGCUGACAGAAGGAUCCAAACUCCAGAAGGAUCUCAGAGCCUAUUUGGCGUCGGUAAAAGCGAUGCACGAGGCCUCCAAGAAGCUGACGGAAUGUUUGCUGGAUGUGUAUGAGCCGGACUGGCCAGGGAGGGAGGAGACCAACAAGAUCGCCGAGAACAAUGACCUUCUCUGGACCGACUAUCAUGAGAAGCUGGUGGAUCAGGCCCUGCUCACCAUGGACACCUACCUCGGCCAGUUCCCUGAUAUCAAGUCGCGCAUCGCUAAGCGUGGGAGGAAACUGGUGGAUUACGACAGCGCCCGCCAUCACUUCGAGUCCCUACAGAAUGCGAAAAAGAAGGACGAAACUAAAAUCGCCAAGGCCGAGGAGGAGCUGCUAAAAACCCAGAAAGUGUUUGAAGAGAUGAACGCUGAUUUACAGGAGGAGCUGCCUUCUCUGUGGAAUAGCCGUGUUGGUUUCUAUGUCAACACAUUCCAGAGUAUCGCUGGGCUGGAGGAGAAUUUCCAUAAGGAGAUGGGCAAGCUGCACCAGGGCCUCAAUGACGUGAUGGUGACUUUGGAAUCGGAGCAGGGAAACCUCUCGACGAACUCCUCCAGUGUUAAAGUUCAGCCAAGAAAGAAAAUGAACUUGUUCUCCCGCCUGAGGAUAAAGAAGGGCAGUGAAACGACCCCCACGAAGAUGAACAAGAGCCCGUCCCCACCUGCCACAGACGGGCCACCGGCCGUGUCUGAAACGAAGGCUGUCAACCAUGACUUCGAAGAGCGCUCUGCCCCUGCCGAGGAGACGCCAUCUGUGGUCAUAUCCAAGUCACCAUCACAGCUGAGGAGAGGCCCCCCGGUUCCGCCUCCGCCAAAAGUCACGCCGUCCAAGGACUUCAAGCAAGAGAAUAUACUCAGUCUGUUUGAUGACAGUUUUGUGCCAGAGAUAAGUGUGACCACGCCUUCACAGCCAGUGGAGCCGGCCCCAGCCCCGGUGCCUGUAACCGAACCGGCCAAGAAGGAAACGGAAGUAAAACUUGAAUCUCCUCCAUCUGAAGAGGUGCCUGAUAAGUCCCCGAGCUCCCUUCCUGCUGUGGUGGUGGAAACCUUUUCUGCUACGGUCAAUGGAACUGUGGAGUCCAGCCCCCCAAAAGCAGAGAUGCCCCCUGGCUUCCUGUAUAAGGUCAGAGCCCAACAUGAUUACGCUUCCACCGACAGCGACGAAUUAAACUUAAAAGCCGGUGACAUGGUUCUGGUGACUCAGUUUGAAAACCCAGAUGAGCAGGAUGACGGCUGGCUCAUGGGAAUCAAAGAGACGGACUGGCUGCAGAAUAAGCCAUUUGAACAGCACCGAGGGGUCUUCCCAGAGAACUUUACGGAGAAGAACCUGUGAGGAGAGAGAGACGGCUCCUUUCUCCGUGGGAUUUCAAGCUAAUUUUCUGUGAAAAUGAAGAACACCUGCCCUAUGAACAAAGUCAGAAGGAAUCUUUAUCCUUAGUGUCCACUUAAAGGUCCGGUUUUCUUACAGGCGCAAGGUUACAAAUUAAACUCCACCCCAUUGUCAGGAACGGUGAAAUGUUCCUAUCCCCACAGCUGGGCCACCGGAACGUCACCUUUGGCUGAUCCAAGAACCCCUUGAACUGUAGCAGGAGAUGCACCAUGUUAGGACAAUCUCAACACCUUGUGUGUCUGUAACAAAUGUACCCCAAUGAUUAGCCAAUAGAGGUAGUGUCUGUCGUGGUUCCGUACAUGGGCUCCAUUCAUAACAAUGUUGUUGCUCAAUAAGGGCAGUCAGGUGCAAUAUUUUCCCUGGUUCUUUCCAUUAUCUCCGGCAUUCUCUAGGCAAGAUUAGGGUGCUUCCCGUGGGUGCCACGUUGAACCCAUUGUAUCGUUUGCUGUCUGUCAGCCUUGAUCAUUACUAUUUGAGACUUGAAAUCUAAAAACAAUAUAUUUUAUCUAGUUGUAGAACGUAAUGUCCACCAGAUCUCCAAUGUGUAUGAAAUUGCGGUGAAAGCUCCGUCUUUAUAGACAUUUCAUUAAAUACCAUUCAUUGAUGUGGUAGAUGUUGACCUUCCUUAGGCAGAGCUGACAAAUUGCCCCUUUUUUAAUUCAAAUGGAUACGCGCUGCCGUGUUUACUUUUGGAGCACAGGUUCUGAUACGGAUCUGACCCAUCUUUGUGGCACCGGAUUCAAUCGGAUUCCCUGUCUGCGCUGAGUUAAUAAAAUCCCCUUUCUCUUAAUUAAGUUUGGCUCAAAGAACUGUUCGAAUGUUUUGCUUUCUUGGCCGUUAGUUUCGGCCUACGUUGUGCCCAUUGUUGUGUCCAGUUUUUGUAUUUGGGCCAGAAUUUUAAUGACUGCACAAGAAUCUGUGGGAUAUAGAAGAUAAUGAUAGCCUCUAAUGAUAGCCUCUAAAGCUGGCCAUACACGUUAAGAUUUUUAUAAGAUCCAUUCGUCAUCGUAGGACCUGAAUCGAUCUAUUGUCCAUCAACGAAAGCGACCAUUCCAUACGAUAUCUUCUAGUUCAGGGAUCCCCAACCUUUCUUACUCGGGAGCCACAGUCAAAUGUAAAAAGACUUGGAGAGCAACACAAGCACCAUAAAAGUUCAUGGAGGAGCCAAAUAAGGGCUGUGAUUGGCUAUUAGGGGCCUCUAUGCACCCUAUCAGCUUACAGGGGGCUUUAUUUGGUAGGAAAUCUUGUUUUUAUUCAACCAAAACUUGCCCCCAAGUCAGGAAUUCAGAAAUAACUCCCUGGUUUGGGGGCACUGAGAGCAACACCCAAGGGGUUGGGGAGCAACAUGUUGCCCCUGAGCCACUGGUUGGGGAUCACUGUUCUAGUUGAAGCUGGAAAACUACCUGCUUGGUCGUGCCAAACCAUUGGACAACGGGCUAAUGACGCAAAUGUUCAAACCUGCCCGAUUGAUUUUGAUCUAGGGAUGAAAAAUCCCUAGAUCUGUGAUCGUUCUGUGCCCACUAAUUUACGAUAAUUUGGCGUAUUUGUCAGAUUGCACCGAAAUUGGUCAUUAGGGAGAGAAAACUCAACGUGUAUGGCCACCUUAAGGUCAUAAGAUGUAUCUACCAUGUGAUUGGGCGACUGUACAGUGAAAGCACCAAUUACAAAAGGCUAAGACACGUCAUGUCAUCUAUGAAUCCCACUAAUAACUUAUAUUUCAGAAGAUAAAAAUUCAAUAAACCCUUGUUUAUUGCCCUUCCCCCCCCCUUCAGAAUCUGAAAUUUCAAGGUAAAAUUAGCAGAUUAUUUUAGUUUUUUUCUUCAUUUGUGUGUUUAUUGAAUUUGGGAAUUGUGAUUUCAUACUGUGACGGUGAGUUGUGAGAUGGUAACGAUGUGUGGUUUAGGCAUGGGGGGGGGUAUGAAUGUGUAAAUGUGUCGCUCCUGGGGGUCCUGCCAUGUAAUAAUAUAGUGAUUGCACAACUCGAAGGAGAUAAUGUGUUUAUUUUGAAUUCUGGUAUUGUUUUCCUUAUCAACACUAUAAACUGUAAUAUAGUAAUGGCUAAAUUGGCUGAUGGUUUGUGAAGGGGAUGUUUCUACUUUGGUGUUUCUCCUAUUUACUUUUUUUUUUUAAAUAUAAUGUUAAACUUAGGUUCCACCUUCUAAAUAAUUCUUUGGUUCUCUGUGUCUCAGCUGAGGCAAGCACCAUGUCAGCUCCCACCCAUAUGUAUAGAUACAAAUAUACAGAGAAGGAAUGUUCUGGGCACACAAUAAGCUGUACCCCCAUACUGUACUGUCUAAGGGAAACACUAUGGCACCCCCUACCCAUAUGUAUAAAUACAAAUAUACAGAGAAGGAAUGUUCUGGGCACACAAUAAGCUGUACCCCCAUACUGUACUGUCUAAGGGAAACACUAUGGCACCCCCUACCCAUAUGUAUAAAUACAAAUAUACAGAGAAGGAAUGUUCUGGGCACACAAUAAGCUGUACCCCCAUACUGUACUGUCUAAGGGAAACACUAUGGCACCCCCUACCCAUAUGUAUAAAUACAAAUAUACAGAGAAGGAAUGUUCUGGGCACACAAUAAGAUGUACCCCCAUACUGUACUGUCUAAGGGAAACACUAUGGCACCUCCUACCCAUAUGUAUAAAUACAAAUAGAGAAGGAAUGUUCUGGGCACACAAUAAGCUGUACCCCCAUACUGUACUGUCUAAGGGAAACACUAUGGCACCCCCUACCCAUAUGUAUAAAUACAAAUAUACAGAGAGGGAAUGUUCUGGGCACACAAUAAGCUGUACCCCCAUACUGUACUGUCUAAGGGAAACACUUUGGCACCUCCCUACCCAUAUGUAUAAAUACAAAUAUACAGAGAAGGAAUGUUCUGGGCACACAAUAAGCUGUACCCCCAUACUGUACUGUCUAAGGGAAACACUAUGGCACCCCCUACCCAUAUGUAUAAAUACAAAUAUACAGAGAAGGAAUGUUCUGGGCACACAAUAAGCUGUACCCCCAUACUGUACUGUCUAACGGAAACACUAUGGCACCUCCUACCCAUAUGUAUAAAUACAAAUAUACAGAGAAGGAAUGUUCUGGGCACCCAGUAUAGGCCGUACCCUUAUACUGUCUAAGGGAAAUAUGGAAGCUGUGACUUAUAUGUGUAAAUAAAAUUAAAGUGAGAAGGAAUGUUCUGUAAUCCGAAAGGAAAGGGUUGUAGCUACAAAAUUCUUAUUUAUAAGGGAUUAUCUUCUCCCCUGUACCAUACUGUUGUCCUGUUGCAUCUCAUAGAGAGUAGGGUUAGUAGCUAUGCUGGCAUAGUAUCAUGGUUUCUCUUGCUCUGGGCAAUGAGAAACCUGAAGCAGAUAUACCUGUAGGAGACCAUAAAUGUUUGGUUCCAAGCAGCAGAUAUCUCCUCCCUUGCCAAUGUCUUGCAAUGGGAUUAUAGAACAAGAGGAGUGUUAUGGGGAGAGCCACACACACUGGACUAGGACUCACAUGGAUUGUUCAUAUUUAGCAUUUCUUACAGCGCUGGGAGUUGUAGUUGAAGCUCAGGGGGAUGGCCACUGGUGGCUCAUUCUUCAUUUCUAUGAAAGGGUAGAGAGGACUGUGUCUUCCCUCCCUCUCUGUUCCUAAGGGCAAAUGUGCAACGAUGCAUGUGAGAAAACCUUCCUUAGCAACACACACGUUUGGGUACAUGGAAAAAGCCCAUGGAGUAACGCUGGGGGGCAAACGGAAUCACUUAACCCAUCCCAGGAAUAUUCCUUUUGGUAGCAGAUACAAAAUCAGAGAAGGAUGUGUCGGGAAAUGAAUGGCCAAGUCCUUCAAUUGCUCAGACGUGGUCAAAAUGGAAUCCAGGAUUCCAUAUUCUGAUGGAAGAGCCUUGGUGGGCAGAUCAGAGGGACCAAGCGAUUCCAUACACAGUAUUAGUAUCUCUGUAGAUGGGACUUGGAAGAAAUUCCACUCCGUAGGGCAGCGGUUCUCAACCUGUGGGGGAGGAACGACCCUUUCACAGGGGUUGCCCAAGACCAUCGGAAAACACAUAUUUCCAAUGGUCUUAGGAACCGAGACACCGCUCCUCUAUGGUUGGGGGUCACCACAACAUGAAGAACUGUAUUAAAGGGUGGUGGCCACUGCCAUGGUGGAACAGCGAGGCCCUUCGCUCCGUUGAGCACUUUGCUGUUAUUAGAAUUGGCCAGGGCCAUGUAAAGGUCCCCAUACCCCGGCCGAUAGUAGCUGCUGAUAUGGGUCCCUUGGACUGAUUCGUCAGCUUAUCGGGCCAUGUAUGGGCACACUUGGCGACAUCACCAAGCAAGCGGAUCUUAAGAUGUAUGGGGACCUUAAUUGAGUGAAUAAUUGGCUCACCCUAUGGCUACAGUUGGCCAUCGCUCUACUAAAGGGCGAUCCUUCUGCUGUUGUCGGAAGUUUUUAGUGACCCGUAGAGCCUUGUGGUCCGAUAUCCCGGCCCAAAAGAGGAGCGAACCCAAAUAGAACCCAUGUUCUAUUGACGGCAUGAAGGUACAGCCUAUGGCGUCCUCAGAGCUUAUUCCUUUGUAGGCCUAUGGCGUCCUUUGUAUUAGAAUUGAUGGGUGGGAGUUGGUCAGUAGUUUCCCUGAGCCAGUACUGUAGGAAGGUAUUGAUUAUUUCAUGCAUCGUAUUUAUAUACAUGGGUGGGAGCUGCCACACUGCCUGCCUCAGCCGAAAGGCCUAUGUCGGCCAUCGUAUCCAGAGUUAAUCUGUGUAUGUUAUUACUGUAUGUAUUUGCCCAUAAACACCAGAUAAUUGCCCCCCCCCCGACGCCUGACAUUACCUUCUGCCCCGUGAGGGGGCUCGCUCUAAAGAAACUGUACCUUUAAGGAUUCAUUUGAAAGAAGAAGUGUAUUUUUUAGGCAAAAUAUUAAAAAGUCGCCGUUUUCAAGCUAGGACCGCUAUCGAUACCGCGUUCUAUUUUUUUGUGUUUAAGUUUAAAAAAAACUGAAAGAAAUAUUUUAAUACUGUUGGGAAAACAAAAUGCUGCAUGAAUUUAUUGUGAUUAGUUAGGAAACGAGAUAUAUAGAGAUAUAUUUAAAGAGAAACACAGGUGAUAAUGUUCCUCUCUCUCCCCAUUGGUCACAUUAUUUUAUAGAGUUUUGUCACCUUGAUGGAUGCCCCGCCCUUUUAUUACUGGAUCGUGAAGGCGCAUUCGUUCUUUUCAGAAACAUUUCCGAUCGUCCAAUCAUAGGGCCUGUUCUUGUGCAACUCCGCCCAUUUGUUGUUUCCGUUUCUCGUUUCUGUAUCAGACUGAAUGCACCUUCACGUGAUUUAUUUUAUGUUUAACUCCCCCAUUGAUACCAGUGUUGCCCCUCGCUAUUGUGUUGUUGCAAAAGCAGCCUGUAGGGGGAGUUCCAAACCCCCCCGUCUCCUAUUUAUUGUAGGUACUCCGCUUUACUUGAACGAGUAGAGGCCGCAGGCUGCCUGUUGCUAUGGAAUACUUGUUACCAUGAUAGGUUGGUUUUCCGGUUGAGACGAUAUAUUGGGCGUAUAUAUAUAUAUACAUGUAACUAUAGCCUUGGCUGGAAUCCUGUAUUUAUGACCAUCGCUCAAUAAAAGUCACCCAGCUAUUUAAA